AUGAAGUCUGUUGUUGCAACUCUCGGCAUGGUCGCUGCGGCCAACGCCUACUCCUACCCCCGACACAUGCACUACCGACGAGACAACGGCACUGACUCUGGCAUGACCACCUUGACCGUUGUCACCACUCAGGUUCACACCAUCACCAGCUGUGCUCCCACCGUCACCAACUGCCCCGCCCGGGACCAGACCACCGCUCUCGACCAGCUCCCCGAGACCGACAAGACCGUUGUCGUUGUCACCGACACCGUCGUCCUCACCGAGACCGUCUGCCCCGUCUCCGAGGCUGGCGCCAUCUCCUCCUCCGUCAUUGAGAAGGCCCAGACCGGCGGUAUCACCGGAGCUUACACUCUGACCGCCCCUCUCACCACCUCCCUGGGUCCCAUCAGCACCGGCUACCCUGCCCCGGCUGUCACCGACUCCGACAACUCCGGUGAGACCAACACCGAGUUGACCACCAUUGUCAGCGACUACGUCACCGACAAGGUUGUCACCCUCACCAUCGGCACCGGUACCGACGCCGAGGUCACCACCACCACUAUCCACAGCACCAUCCAGACCACCGUGACCGUCCCCUGCUCCGAGGUCGAGGCUCAGGGCACUGAGGGGAGCAGCAACGGCAAGGGCUCCUCCGUUGAGCCCACCACCACCACCACUGGCACCAAGACCGCCACCGUUACCAAGACCAUCGUCGAGGCUGACACCACCGCUACCGCUACCGCCGGCAACAACAGCGGUGCCAACGGCUCUGCUGUCCCCGAUAGCUCCGCUGAGGGCACCUGCGCCUGCGGUGACACCACUGUCACCGUCACUGCUCCCGCCUCUACCAUCUACGUCACCGUUGGCGGAGACUACACCGGCACUGUCGGCGCCGAGGGCAGCAAGACCGCUGAGGGCUCCAACGGUACCACCGAGACCAGCACCCCUGAUGAUGAGGAUGAUGAGGAUGACGAGGACUACUGCGACGAUGAGGAUCUCACCACCACCCUCGAGGCCACCGUCACUGUUGUCCCCUACCCCGUCAACAGCACCUUCACUGGUGGUUACGCCGCUCCCACCGGCUUCGCCCGUCUCGUCCGAUAA